AUUAGAAAGGACGAGGAGCAUCACCGGAUCGUCAUUGGCAAGUUUCCCGACACCAUCCAACAGGUGAGAAAGCCGGCUGGCCUAGCUGACAUCGCCUUUACUUUUCACUCACUACAGGACGUAGCAGUAUCGCAUCGUCAGAGGAAAGCUCUCGACAUCUCUCCUUCUGGUGCGCGAAUCAUGGUUCGACGACCGGUCACUAUGAUCACGAACCAGAUGGCAACGAACCGGAGACGCAGGUAGACAAUUUUGAUACUCCCGAAGAAGCCAAUCAGUUUUUCAACACCAAAGAAUUCGAGGAGAAUGCGAUUGGCGUGGACCUCGACGCGGAGGAG